UGGCAGUACGUUUCGUUACUUACUACGCCAUUUUUUCGAAAGACAUUUUGAGAAGUGACAGUCAAUUUUAUAUGUAGUUAAAAAGAAAGGAAAUAUAUCGCUAAGAAGACGUACUAAAUUGUUUAGUUAACAUUUUAAAAGCUUUUAUUUUCAGUUGGCUUGAUAAACUGGAAAACAGUAAUUUAAUAGCUUUUAUUUUCGUUGAUUUGGAAAUUUACGGACAAGAUACCGUUACAAAAUGGCAGCUGCUCCAAUCACAAAGAUUUUGCUGAAGAAUACUACUAAAAUGAGCUUGAACGAACGCUUUACUACAUAUCGUCAACAAGGCCAGAGUACAGUGAACUCCAUCAGACAAAAGAUCCAACAGCAGCGUCAAGCAUCAUUGAAGAAUCGUCGUUUAGCUCAACAGAUGGCUAAUAGACCAAGUGUAAUUGCUGCUCUUAAAAUUAAGAGAAAAAGUUUGAAACAGCGGUUGGGUCAGAGUCCAGGUGGAUUUUCUGGUGGAAGCAGUGUGAAGUCCAGAUUGUCAUUUGGUCGUCAAGGAAACAGGAAUGUGAGAGGCAGAUUGGGAGGAGGUGGACAGGGAAGAAACCGUGGCCGUGGCGUUGUUGCUGUUCGUAAAGGCGUACGAUGGUCUGGAUUUGGUGAUGGCACCAAUAAUGCAAGAUCUGGUACCUCUCCGAUGUUGAAAGCACGAUUAGGAAAUCAAAAUGCCGCAAAUAAAAUUGGACAAACUAGAAACAGAGGAUUUCGAAGAGGAGGUCGUGGUUUUGGAAGAAAUUAUAGACAACAGAGAGGAUCUAAUUUUCGUGGAACCCAAUUCCGAAACAACAGAAACGUUGGAGGUGCCGGAGGAAGAAGAAAGGGGAGAGGAGGUAGACAGAACCGAGGUCGCGGACGCAACUGGGGACAGGCCAACAUCAACAAGAAAAAUAUUCCCUCAAAGCAGGAAUUGGACAAUGAGCUGGACGAAUAUAUGGCCAAAACCAAAAGUCAUCUCGAUGCAGACCUGGAUGCCUACAUGGCCCAGGCAGAUUCUUGAAAUGUUUUGUCAUCAAUUCGAAGCACUCUUUGUCUUUGGAGGGCAUUCUAAAACUAGAAGGAUGUCUGUUGUACUUCAUCGUGAGAUAUCUAUUUCAAUAGAUCUCAUAGUGCUAUUGGAAACAUGUCACAUUCUGUAAACAAUGGAAAGACCACAAAAAUAUUUCACCACACAAAAUAGUUUGUGCCAAGAUUUGUUAGUGUCAGAUCAUUUUGGUUUUAUCAGUUGGCUUCAGAUUACAUAUACUAAAAAUCUGCAAUGUGUCAUGACAUUUUUGAACAUUAAAUCAUUAGAUUGUACAAAAUUACAGUUAAUUGAAAUAUCAAGUCUUGCUUUAUUAUGUUUUAAUUAUUCUUCAAUAACUAUUAGCAGCUCAGUAUAGUUGUUAAAUUACACUUUUAGUUGAAUAAUCUUUUGAACUUGUACAAAGAAUAAAUCAUGAUAUACAAUUUAAUGUCAGAUAAAUCAUUACAAGUUACCAUUUAUGUAAACAUUUCAUUGUCAAUAAAUCAGUGUGUUCCUAAGGACUAAAACAAUGGCAAAUUGUUUUUAUAGAAAUUCUAUCAAAAUCAACCAGCUUUGAUAGCAAUGGUCAUUUUUUAUGAAAUAUUUCAAAGUAUAAUUUAUUGAAGUUUGUGAACAUGUAUGACAAAUGAAGAUAAAUUGAUUUCAAAGAUAUUAGUUUCCUGCACAUUGUGUUGUGAAUUUGAUAUAUUUUAAUAAGAAUAUGGAAAACAUAACUACUUUCUCUCUUGGAAUGAAGCUAGAGUUUAGUUUGAAAUUUAUAAAGUUCAUUUCACCUGAAGGUUGGAUCUAAAAAUAGCAGUUUGAUAUUUUGAAUUAUUCUAAUACAAAGACAAACACUUCCAUAAAUGAUUUUGAUCUGUUAUAAAAAGUAACGAAAAUA